GCCCUGGUGCUCACAUAAACCCUGCCAUGCUGGAUACCGGCGAAGAUCCCCAUCCGAGUCUGUCCGAUUGGCACGAUUACGAGCCGAACCUGGAGUUCGACGAUACGGAACUGUCUCAGACCGCGCCGGAACCUGGGGGCACCGUCAUCUUCGAUGAGGACAAUUUUUCCGGUGAGUUUGAAGCAAUCUCCGAGGACGAAAUCAUCAAGACCACCCUUGAUCCGGACAACUACGAAGAACAAUUGAAAAUGAUGGAGCCCGAUGAAACCGCCAUCCGGAAGGAGUUCAAGCGACGGAAAUUUAUUGAAUUCAUCGGCACGGAUAAACACGGACAGCCCAUCAUAGCGAUUUACGCGUGCAGUUUGCCGGAAAGGAAAGACCUCAACACCAAUAUCUUUAUCGAUUUUAUCAUCAAAUCGAUGGAAGAAUUCGUCCAGAACGACUACAUCAUCGCGUACUUCCACCAGGGCAUGAAGGAUAACAGCAAACCGUCGCUGCAAUUUCUCUGGAACUCGUACAAGGAGCUGGACCGCAGCUUCAAGAAGAACCUCAAGAAACUAUACGUGGUGCAUCCAACGACCUUCAUCAAGAUGGUCUGGUUUUUCUUCAAACCCGUAAUCAGUGAGAAGUUCAAAAGCAAACUCAUCUACACGUCCAGCCUGGACGAAUUGAAGCAGUCCCUCGGACUGAACACCCUCAAAGUGCCGGACACCGUAAGGGAAUUCGACGAAAAAAUCAACAACGGCUCCCGGUAUACGCUGCGGGGCAGCAAAACUAGUCUGAAAUCGAGCCGCUCGCUGGAACAGCUGCCGCGGACGAACCAGUUCGGGGCCUCGCUCAAGUUCAUCAUCGAGAACAGUGCCUGCCUGAACUGCAUUCCACCGAUCGUGCGCAAGUGCGUCGAUCACCUGUCGCUGUCUGAUGUGAUCGAUACCGAGGGUAUCUUCCGGCGGUCCGGCAACUACUCCCGGAUCAAGGAGCUGAGGGAGAAGGUUAAUCACGGGGAUGAGGUGAAUCUUUCGGACGAAGAUACGCACGUGGUGGCGGCCCUACUGAAAACAUUCCUACGUGAGCUGGAGGAACCUCUGCUCACCUAUGAGCUGUACGAGGACAUUGUACAGUUCGCCGAGUGGACGACGGAAGAGCAGCGAUCGCGGAACGUCAAACAGAUCCUGCGCGAAAAGCUGCCGGAGGAGAACUACGAGCUGUUCAAGUAUCUGAUCGAGUUUCUUGGCAAAAUUAUGGAGCGGAAGGAUUUCAACAAAAUGACCUCGUCCAAUCUGGCCAUAGUGUUCGGCCCGAAUCUGAUCUGGCCCAAACAGGCGCAGAUGUCACUGGACGAAAUCGGCCCGAUCAAUGCGUUCAUCGAUUACGUCCUGCAGCACCAGGACGAUAUCUACUUUGUGGACAUUAACAAAAAGGACGGCGCGUACGAUUAACAGCGGUUGAUCUAAUCGAUUCGCAUGUGGUUGUUGGUUGUUGAUACAAUUUCCAUUAGUUUUUUUUGGCGAUUAUGUUAGAGAAAAGUGAGUGAGUGAUAGUGCAUUUCAGGUUUUUCCUUUUCAAGCGAUGAAACAAUAGUGAGAUGCGUUUACGAUCAAGAAGAAAGUUUUAUGUGAUUUGAGCACAAGUUGAACAUUUUAUAUGGUCUGUUUAGAGAUUAGGUUCAAAGCUGAAUAAAACAACUGUUAAGAGUACCUCUUUUUGUUUAAGGAAAUACUAAACACGAAACAUUCUUUCAUAAUGUAGUGUGAUUUUAUGAGUAAUAUUUUAAAUUAGUUAAACGUUUGAUACAACAAAGACAUCGGCGAAUACGAUUAUGUAUUAGGAGAAAUUUAGGGAGGACUCCUAGCAAUGGGGAUGAAGGAGGUGUUUUGCUGAAAUCGGGCGUUGCACAACGAUAGUCAUUACCGGGCAGUGUAGAGCGUAGUUUCUGAAGUGGAUUAAAACCAAAGAAAAAUGACUGUUGAAUCCAAUAAAUCAGUAUAACCCUGAAGCGGAAAAAAUCAGAAUUGGUGCUUCACGACAUUACGAUGCAUAUAAAAAUAAAAAUAUCUCUGGAAUAGUAAAGAUAAUCGAACCGUCAAAAAUCAUACCUCAGGCAUUCCCCCUGAUUAUCCCUCAAACCAAACACAUCACAGUAAAUUCAUGGCCGAUUAGUCAGACGAGAAAAAACAAUAGAGCUGAUGUUUGUGCCAAAAAAGGCUACUAAACGAUCCAAUUAUUACAAACACAAAAACGAAUAUCGUAACUGAUCCACUAAAUAAUCAAUAAAAAUAAUCGAUUUUAGUCGUGAUUUUAAAUACCCUUAAAACAAUACUAAACUUAGUUAAGGUUAGGAAGAAACCAAACGUACACAAAAUAUCAAGUCAAAAAAAUCAUCAAAAAUCAAACCACUACUGGAGCUAAUCCAACGAUGUUUUUAACAACAACAAAAAAGUCCACACCAGUCAUUAGAACCAUAGUGUAUAAAAGAAAAUCACAGUACUGCUAUUAGUAGUAGGAAAGGAAAACUCACGCGGUGAAACCGAGAAAUUAACAAAAAACAAAAAACACUAGUAGCAAGGUUUAGUUUACUCAAUAAAGGCACAGAAAUCGUAAUACGCUUUUUGAUACAGCAAAGGUGAAAAGAUGGGGUCAAAGAUAGUGAGAGAUGCAAUUUACGUACUAAGUUGCCUGUACAGUAAUGUUGAAAAGAGUUGUUUCAGAUUUUAAGGAAUUUUGUUGCGCGUGUGCAAAUGUGUGGACACCGGAAUCAAGUGUACUAUAGAGAAAUGCGGAAGCUGUGAGGUUUUGUUUUCCGAGUUUGCAAUAGGUUUAUUAGCAAUAUGAAUGUGAUGGAUGGAAUAAUCUUAAUCCUGUUGUACAGAGUCUAACGAUAAUGAUUUGUAAAUAAUACUAACAGUUCCGGAAGGCAGAGGAAGAGACGGAAAAUCAUAAAAGUCAAUUGAUAGGUCAAAAUAAAAUUAAAAACAUUGAA